AUGAUGGAUACAAUCUCGAAACUAAUCGACGUUUUUGGCCGGGAGGGUGCAGUGCGGAUCGUUAACCAGACGCCUACAGUGAUGGCGUAUUCUUGGAACACGAUUCAGGAUAAGAUUUUAUUCGUUACUGAGGUUAUGGGGAGGAGUAUUGCGGAUAUUGUGGUGUGGCCGGCUCUGCUGACGAGGAGCGUGGAGAAGCGGUUACGGCCGCGGUAUGGGAGGAAGAUUGCGAUGCUGGCGGAAAGGGAAGGAGCGGAGUAUGGGGAAAAGGGUGGAGGAGAGGAGGAUGGUGGAGAGGAGGGUGGAGGAGAGGAGGGUGGAAGGGAGGAGGAUGGAGGGGAGAAGGGCAGGGAGAAGGGUGGAGCAGAGAAGGGUGGCCGGGAGAUGGAGGGAGAAACCACUGGAGCAGAGGUAUUGGGAGAGAGGGAGAUGACAACUACAUGA